AUGGAGCUGCCACAGCAGGUCGACGCCGUCAAGGCUGACUAUGACAAGCUCUGCACGUUCGUCAAAGAGAAGAGACUCUAUUGGGCCUUUCGCUUGUUUUAUCGAAUCCAGCUUGUGUCCCUGCCCAGCUGGUGUUUGAGAGUAACGCAGUCAAUAGCGAUCCGAAGAGCAAAAGCUUUACCCAGACGUUCAACAACAUUGAUCGACAAGUACCAGAUUCCAACAGAACCGAAUCUCGUUGAGCACGUUCAGAAUGCCAGGGUGUGGCUUGAAGAGGAGAAGAUUCGCAAACAAUACCUCUCCAUGUUAUCAGCGAGCUACAGUCCGUUCAGGGCCGGAGCCACCAGGGAGAAUGCUGUUGUUUUAGUUCGACGACGGGUUUUGAGACAACAAGUAAUUGUUCCCGAUUUUGCGACAUUUAAAACUCUGUCUAGAAUUGGCUUCAUGGCCUGCAUGAGUAAAAUUGCGCGAGUGGCUUUACCUCUGUUACCCGUUCCGGCGGGGCUUGUGUCGGUCUCCACCUUUGCUAUAAUCAAGAUAGCCGUCGGUUUCACACGAUUUUUUGUUUUCUGGGAGAACAUAGCUGGCUUCUGGGACGGAUUGAAAGUCCUCCUCUGGUUCAAAAAGACGCUCGAAGGCUUUUCUGUUUACAACGCUGGCGAGUUUCUCUCGGUCAUUGCCGGGGUUUUCAUAACCGUUGUGUCUCUCGUCCUCAUAGCUAUCGAGCUGUCUAAAGCGACCGAUCCGCUCGAAAUCGCUUACAAUUCUCUUUGGUGGCAGCAGCAGCAGCAGCAGCAGCAAUACAGACCUUAG